UCCCUAUACAAAUAUCUCUUUCUCUUCCUCUCCAUAUCUCUUUACUUCUCUCCAUCUCUAGCAACUCAAGCUUUCUCUCUCUAUCACCACUUUUUUCUCUCUGAAAAAUAGUCAUCUUCUUCAUAUUUUUAAAGAUUUAAGUUUCCAUUCUUCUUUUAAACUCUUUCUAUAACAUCAAAUGGCACCAAAAACAAGAGCAAGGAAGGAGAAAAGUAAGAAUGUUACUUUAAAUUCUAACGAAGAUGAAGUUAAUAUGUUGACCAUGUAUGGAGCCCCUUUUGAAAUCAAGUCUCAUGAAGAAGGCUCUAGUAGUGGAGCAAGUAGCAGUGAGAUUAAUGAAGAGCCAAUAGAGGAAGAAAGGGAGGCACAUGAAAACAAUGAAGAGGGUGGUAGUCAAGGAUGGCAACCAGUCUUGUCUCAGUCCAUGAACACUAACUUGGAUGUAGGCUUGAUGCUUUUGAUGCAUGCUUGGCUAAUGUGGAAAGGAUUCAAUGUCGGCAAGCCUACAAGCUUGAUUGCUACACUGAGUCAGUGAACUUCGAGGCACCAUCACCACCUCCAUCACCUUCUCAUGGUAGAUAUAUUGAUUUUGGGAGUUUUUCUUUAAGAUUUCCCAUUUAUUAUGUUUGUUUUUUAGGACUUAGCUACCUAGCUAUCUUAGGAGUUUUAUUUUUCUCAUUACUUUAGAAAUUUUAUUUUAUUAUUAUUUGUGAUGUAAUCAUACUUUAUGAUUAUUUUUAAUUUUAGUAUUUGAGUUUUUGUUAUCUAAUGUAUUUCUCUUAAUCAAUUAUAUGUAUUAAAUAGCUUUAUAAGGUUGAAUAGAUGGAGAUUGGACUUCAAGGCAACUAUUAGCAUUGUAAAAUUUUAAGAAAGCAUUCUAUCUUUUUUCUCUUUUUUUUUUUUUGCAUAUAUAUACCUAUGAUAUUGAGGAUAAUGUCAAAACUAAGUAUGGAGAGAGAAAUUAGAAAAAUUUCUUUUUAAAAUUUAUUUAAUUAAUAUGUCAUUUAGUUAGCAACUUUGAUUAAUUUUUAUAAAUUUUUCAUUUUUCUACUUAGCUUUUUUAAAUCAAUGAAGGAAUGUUAUUAUCUCAAUUUUUUUGAAUUCUGGAAUUAGUGUUUUUAACAUGUAUGGGAACCCAUGAAUUUAUGUUGAUCUAAGGUGUAAUUGAUCUCCAUUUUAAUCCUAAUAACCAAAAGAACAUCACUAACAUCAAGAUUGAGUACCUACGUGACAGAGCAGCCAAGCUUUGACUAUACAUUCUUAAG